GUACCUGAUCAAUGUCACCUUUGAAGGCAGGAAUUUGUCGUUCAGUGAAGACGGAUACCAGAUGCAUCCCAAGCUGGUGAUCAUACUUCUGACCAAGGAAAGGAAGUGGGAGAGGGUGGGGAAAUGGAAGGAGAAAAAGUUGCAGAUGAAGUAUUACGUGUGGCCCCGCUUUGAGCUGUAUCCUGACUCUGAGGAACGUGAGGACGAUCACCUGAGUAUUGUGACCUUGGAAGAGGCACCGUUUGUCAUUGUGGAGAACGUGGACCCCCUAAGUGGCACCUGCAUGAGGAACACGGUCCCUUGCCAAAAACGCAUAGUGACCGAGAACAAAACCGAUGAGGAGCCGGAUUACAUGAAGAAAUGUUGCAAGGGGUUCUGCAUUGACAUCCUCAAGAAAAUCUCAAAGUCUGUCAAGUUCACCUAUGACCUCUACUUGGUGACUAAUGGCAAGCAUGGGAAAAAGAUCAAUGGGACAUGGAAUGGAAUGAUUGGAGAGGUCGUCACCAAACGGGCCUAUAUGGCUGUGGGAUCCCUCACCAUUAAUGAGGAGCGUUCAGAAGUGGUGGAUUUCUCUGUGCCCUUCAUCGAGACGGGAAUCAGCGUCAUGGUGUCACGUAGCAAUGGAACUGUCUCACCUUCUGCCUUCUUAGAGCCUUUCAGUGCUGAUGUAUGGGUGAUGAUGUUUGUGAUGCUGCUUAUCAUCUCUGCGGUGGCUGUCUUCGUCUUUGAGUACUUCAGCCCUGUGGGCUAUAAUCGGUGCCUUGCUGAUGGCAGAGAGCCUGGAGGUCCCUCUUUCACCAUUGGCAAAGCUAUCUGGUUGCUGUGGGGGCUGGUGUUCAACAACUCUGUGCCAGUGCAGAAUCCCAAGGGUACCACUAGCAAGAUCAUGGUGUCGGUGUGGGCCUUCUUCGCUGUCAUCUUUCUGGCCAGCUACACUGCCAACCUGGCUGCCUUCAUGAUCCAAGAGGAAUACGUGGACCAGGUGUCUGGCUUGAGCGACAAAAAGUUCCAGAAACCAAAUGACUUCUCGCCCCCUUUCCGCUUCGGGACAGUUCCAAACGGCAGCACAGAAAGGAAUAUUCGCAACAACUACCCUGAAAUGCACAGCUACAUGGUGAAGUUCAAUCAGAGGGGGGUGGAUGAUGCACUGUUCUCGCUGAAGACUGGGAAGUUGGACGCUUUCAUUUAUGAUGCAGCAGUGCUCAACUACAUGGCUGGCAGAGAUGAAGGCUGCAAGCUGGUGACGAUUGGGAGUGGGAAAGUGUUUGCCUCCACUGGCUAUGGCAUUGCCAUCCAAAAGGACUCAGGCUGGAAGCGCCAGGUUGAUCUUGCCAUUCUGCAGCUUUUUGGAGAUGGGGAGAUGGAGGAGCUGGAAGCACUGUGGCUCACUGGAAUUUGUCACAAUGAGAAGAAUGAGGUUAUGAGCAGCCAGCUGGAUAUUGAUAACAUGGCAGGUGUCUUCUACAUGCUGGGAGCAGCCAUGGCCCUCAGUCUCAUCACCUUCAUCUGUGAACAUCUCUUCUACUGGCAAUUCCGCCACUGCUUCAUGGGUGUCUGCUCUGGCAAGCCUGGUGUGGUCUUCUCCAUCAGCAGGGGUAUCUACAGCUGCAUCCAUGGCGUGGCCAUCGAGGAACGCCAGUCAGCAAUGAACUCCCCCACGGCGACUAUGAACAACACCCAUUCCAACAUCCUCCGCCUGCUUCGGACAGCCAAGAACAUGGCAAACCUGUCAGGGGUCAAUGGCUCACCGCAGAGUGCCCUGGACUUUAUCCGCCGCGAGUCUUCGGUCUAUGAUAUCUCCGAGCACCGCCGCAGCUUUACCCACUCAGACUGCAAGUCCUACAACAACCCCCCCUGCGAGGAGAACCUCUUUAGUGACUAUAUUAGUGAGGUGGAAAGGACCUUUGGCAACCUCCAGCUGAAGGACAGCAAUGUGUAUCAGGACCACUACCACCACCACCACCGCCCACACAGCAUUGGCAGCACCAGCUCCAUCGACGGGCUCUACGACUGUGACAACCCGCCCUUCAAUGCCCAGUCGCGGUCCAUCGGGAAGAAGCCCUUGGACCUGGGGUUACCCCCUGCCAAGCACAGCCAGCUGGGCGACCUUUACGGCAAGUUCUCCUUCAAGAGUGACCGCUAUGGGGGCAGCGGGGCCCAUGACGACCUGAUCCGCUCGGACGUCUCUGACAUUUCCACUCACACAGUCACCUACGGCAACAUCGAGGGCAAUGCGGCCAAGCGGCGGAAGCAGCAGUACAAGGACAGCCUGAAAAAGCGCCCGGCCUCUGCCAAGUCCCGGCGGGAGUUUGAUGAGAUAGAGCUGGCCUACCGCCGGCGACCCCGCUCGCCCGACCACAAGCGCUACUUCAGGGACAAGGAAGGGCUACGGGACUUCUACCUGGACCAGUUUCGGGCCAAGGAGAACUCGCCGCACUGGGAACACGUGGACCUGACGGAUAUCUACAAAGAGCGGGGAGAUGAGUUUAAGCGUGACACGGGAGGAGGAGGGGGUGGAUCCUGCACCAACAGGGCUCACCACAAACACGGCUCGGGUGAGUUUGGCGGAGGCAACGAGCACAAGCAUGGUGUUGUGAGUGGGGUCCCGGCGCCAUGGGAGAAGAACCUGACCAACCUAGACUGGGAGGACCGGUCCGGGGCUAAUUUCUGCCGUGGUUGCCCUUCUAAGCUGCACAACUACACGCCAUCGGUGGUGGGGCAGAACUCCACCCGCCAGGCCUGCAUCCGCUGCGAGGCCUGCAAGAAAGCGGGCAACCUGUACGACAUCAGUGAGGACAACUCACUUCAAGAGCUGGAUCAGCCACCUGCUCCUGUGCCCGUGGCCACCAGUGCCACCUCCUCCUCCAAAUAUCCUCAGAGCCCUUCCAAUUCUGCCUCCAAGGUGCAGAAGAAGAACCGCAACAAGCUUCGCCGACAGCACUCCUAUGACACCUUUGUGGACCUGCAGAAGGAUGACUCAGCCCUGGCCCCCCGCAGCGUCAGCCUCAAGGACAAGGGCCGCUUUUUGGAGGGGAGCCCCUACGCCCACAUGUUUGAGAUGCCAGCCAGUGAGACCACCUUUGCCAACAACAAGUCCUCAGUGCCCGCCACCAGCUACCACCACCACAACAACCCCGGCAGCAGCGGGGGCUACAUGCUCAGCAAGUCGCUCUACCCCGACCGGGUCACCCAAAACCCUUUCAUCCCCACUUUUGGGGAUGACCAAUGCUUGCUCCACGGCAGCAAAUCUUAUUUCUUCAGGCAGCCUGUGGUGGCAGGAGGGCCCAAAGCCAGGCCAGACUUCCGAGCCAUCAUCACCACCAACAAGCCGGUGGUCUCAGCCCUUCAUGGGGCUGUGCCAGCCCGUUUCCAGAAGGACAUCUGUAUAGGGAACCAGUCCAACCCCUGUGUGCCUAACAACAAAAACCCCAGGGCUUUCAAUGGCUCCAGCAACGGGCAUGUUUAUGAGAAACUCUCCAGUAUUGAGUCUGACGUUUGA